AUGAAGCAUGAAACUGAGCACCUUCGAUCGUAUGUUUCCCGUUAUAGUGAUUUUCAAGAAACACACAAACAAUGGGUAAAUAGUGACACCAUUGAACAAUUUGAAGCAAGAUGGGAGGCUAUACGUAAUAAGUAUGAACUGGAAAGUAAUUGUUGGAUUAGUGACAUGUAUAACCAACGUAUACAUUGGGCUAAACCCUUCUUGAAGGAUACUUUCUUUGCUGGUAUGACAACAACCGGACGAAGUGAAAGUAUCAAUUCAUUUUUUGAUGGAUUUGUUAAUUCGAGGACCAUGUUGAAUGAAUUUGUUGUACAAUACGACAAAGCAGUUGAGUCUCGAAUGGCUGCCGAAGAAGAUGAAGACUUCAAGACUAUGAACUCGGGGCCGGUUCUUUUUUCAGUGCAUCCAAUUGAAGCAAAAGCAGGUCAAUGGUAUACUAGAAAGAUGUUUGAUAAUUUCAAAAAAGAAUGGACUGAAGCUAUUACCAAUUUGACUCAUGAGACUAUAGGAAAAACUACCGAAGAAAGCACAUACCGAGUUGGGCAAUUGGAUGUUGAUAAAAAAAUAUUAGCGCAUUGUUACCUUUCGUUCUUUGGAUCAAGUCAGCGUCACAUGUUCCUGUGCUAA